GGAGGGGAUAGCCUAAGAGGAAGGAAACGGCGAGGGCUUCAUCAACAGACAGGGGAGUCUCUUGUCAGGCUGAUAGAAGGCUGGCUGUAUCAAAUGAAAGCCUGACACGGGAUACGCCACGGAAAUCUCUCUGGCUGAGAUAACCUCGUCGACGUUUACAGAAAUUAAUUCCAGCGGCUGGAGAUCCAGAUGUUUACGUAAAACAAGCUGUCAAUCGUAUUCUUGGAACUGGAACUUUCAUCGCAUUUUGAUUCUCUCGGUGCUGCUUGGGGGGGGGGGUGGCUACAACGGGGCCACAUUUAACUCGUUUGCGUCACGCUUUGGAGUUUCCUCCCUGGUUAGACAUUUGGCGUUUGCUGAGGUUUUGAGACCAAAACCGAAAUUCCAGACCAUUUUUGGCUGGUGGGCUAAAGCUGCGUUCUCUGAUGGGUUACAUGGCGUGCGUUUGAUCCUGGGGUGUGCGCUACGCGAUGGCCGCGUCGGGCGGACGGAAGAGCGAGAAGUUGGACGAGGCGCAGGCGUUGGCCCGGAGCUGCGCGGGGAGACCGGACUUUCUCCCGUGCGACGGACUGUCCAUCUGCGCCACACACAGCCAUGGGAAGUGCUUCAAGCUCCACUGGUGCUGCCACUUGGGAUGGUGUCACUGUAAAUAUGUGUACCAGCCGAUGACCAACGUGUGCCGCCUCCCCAGCACCCCAGUGCCUGCCAUCGCCACAGACCACCCCCAUACCAUGGACCUGACAGUCUUAUUGGCCGAACGCUUCCUCAUGACCGCCCCCGCCUUCCAAGCCCCGCCCUGCCUGGAGUCGCCAAAGUUCUGCAUCAUCUCAGACCUCUUCGUGGACGACUACAUGGUCAAACGCAUCAAUGGGAAGAUGUGCUAUGUCCAGAGACCUCAACCUUCAACCAUGCCCAGCCCGCCUCAAUCACAUCCCCCUCACCCCCGGUCCAAACCCCACCCCCAACGGACCCCCAGACACCACCCACACCUCCAGCCCAGACCACACCCCCAGGGCACCAAGCCCAGUGCCCUGGGAGACAAGGUCACCACCCCCAAAAUAGACCACUGCUCCUCCCCGUCCAGCUCUGAGGAUUCUGGGAUAAAUGCGCUGGGCGGCCAUUACAUGGAGUCAUGUGACGAGGGUUCUGAGGAAGAGGAGGAAGACGAGGAGGAAGUGGAGGAGGAGGAUGAAGAGUUAAGUAGUGAUGGAGAGUCUAGUCCACUAAGUAUGUGGAAUCAAGAUGAGUGUUCUCUGCUCUCUCCGUCCAAGUCUAUGGUGGAGAUUAUUGAGAAGAUUGAGACAACUGUGUGAGACAACUUGCACUGUCGCGUUGAAAUAGAGACGAUGAGACAGUGAUCUAGCCGGUUCAGCUUAGAGCCACACACACACACACACACACACACUAGCCUGUCAACGUUCCUCCAACUACAGUAUACUAAUCGUACAACAUCAAAACAGUGACCUGUUACCUAUGAACUUUGACCUUUCACCUGUUAUAGCAUGGUUAUCUAUGACCUUUCACCCUGUUAUAGCAUGGUUACCUACGGCCUUUCACCCUUUUAUAGCAUGGUGUACCGACCGCGUUCUACUCUGGAGUGAUGUCACUUCUCUUUCCAGACCAGUAGUCAGCUGAAAGAAUCCACAAAUAAACAAGAGCACAAAGGAAUAAGUGACUGUGAUCUAGUCCACGUGAUCUAGUCCACGUGAUCUAGUCCACGUGAUCUAGUCCAUGUGAUCUAGUCCAUGUGAUCUAGUCCACGUGAUCUAGUCCACGUGAUCUAGUCCACGUGAUCUAGUCCAC